GCCUUGCAUGAUUGGUUGUUCAAAUCUCACUGAUAUACUCACUGCAUGGACUGGUUCAAAUCAAAGAAUCAAAUCGUUCAAGCAAUUUUGAGAUUGAGAAAGACGUCGGUACAGUUGUUUGCACUUACGUCUACGUUUGGCUUUUGUCUUUGGUUACCCAAGUCUCCUCUACAUAUCUAAUGUGAUCGAUACAGUGACGACCGGUUUCUUUUGUUCUCAUUGGAAACGGUUCGCCGGUUGCCAGUCAUUUAUCUUUUGCAAGUACAAAUUUUGGAAAUUGUUUUGCGUAUUGCAAAGUCAAUGUAGCAAUCCAUAGAGAUUCAGCAACAGUGGGAUUCUCAUCCUCUCGGCAGUCUCGCUUGUCUAGAAUGCAGAAGUGCGCAUUAUGACGAUGAUCAGCUGGUUUUGUCAAGAGUUCAUGUACAAAUAGCUGGACAUAACUCUAAUCAAGAAGGCGAUGAGUAUUAUUCGUGGUAUUCGUCGCAAAGGACUGUUCAAGUACAUCUUUGGGCUGCCGCAGGGCCCAGUAUGGAUUAUUUGUGAUCCUCUCGGCUUAUUCUUUGCCGGUGUGACGCAUUUCCUCAUCGGCUAUGGCGUAUUCGCUGUUAUGACAAUCACUAUUCUGCCAAACCCCACUCUAGUAAGAUGGAUAGAGUUUGCAGUAUUUGUAGUGUUUGCGUACCUGGCAGUUACCUCCCAUCUCAAAGCAAUGCUGACAAACCCGGGCACUGUACCGCUCGGAGAAGACGAUGACGUCCUGAGGGAGUACUGUGAAAUGUACGAAACAGACGACGAGGUGGCGGAUGGCGAGGAGAAUCGACGCUACUGCCAGCGCUGCGAGGCGCCUAAGCCAAACCGGGCACACCACUGUCGGACUUGUAGGCGCUGUAUCCGGAAAGCAGAUCACCAUUGUAUAUGGGUAAACAACUGUGUUGGCGAGAACAACAUGAAAUUCUUUGUCUUGUUCAACUUCUAUAUAUUUGUCAUUUCCGUCCUGGCCCUGGUGUACGUUGUGUGGCAUAUAAUAGACUGUGCAAAGACAGACUGGGGUGAAAAUUGUAGGUAUUUCUCGGAAGUUGGAACAUUCCUGAUCAUGCUGUUCCUGUUCAUGGAGGCUGUUCUUUUCUCAAUGUUCUGCUGCACAAUGGGACUAAGCAUCAUUAGUGCCAUACAGUGGGAUGAGACCGCCAUUGAUCGCUACAAGAAGCGAAUGGCUGGCGGUGAUGCGACGAGCAUCAGGAAAACAGAAAAGAAGAUGACAAACUUUGAGGCAGUGUUUGGCAGGCCGAGGUCUUUAGCAUGGCUAUCCCCGUUGACUGUAUCUCGAGUGGGUUUGUAUUUGCAGCGCAAAGCAACCCUACAUACUGUGUAGCCGCUAUAUAGACAGACAGUUGACUUACUGUACUUUUUUUUAAUUCUUUAGAGAAAUACCUCUGUAUUUUCUAGCAUCCUCUUUUUUUACUCUUUCUUUUAAGUUUUUAUGACUCUAUGCAGCGAGACAAUUUGACCUUUGUGUGGGUAGUGUUCUACUUCCGAAGAAAAUAUUCCUAUUUCCAUGAUGUAAUGGCAAACGAUCGGAUCGAAAAAGAGCAGUAUUUAUUUG